AUGUCUGGACAGGCUAUGGAGAACGGCUUUGCUCCCGCACAGCCCACAACACACAUUGGGAGGCUCGAUGAGAAGGGCGUGCAUCCCGCAACGCUGACCCGGACGACAUCCCUAACCCCGGACGCUGUCGUUGUGCUCAAGUCCGAGCGUCGUGGUCUGCUUGCGCGAUUCGCCCUGUUACCAGAAGUCGAGAAUCCCUACCACUACUCGCGUAAGACGAAAUGGCUCUUGACAUUCAUCAUUGCGUUCUGCGCCAUGGCUGGGCCCAUGGGAAGUGCCAUCGUCAUGCCUGUGUUGCAGGACAUUGCCAAGGCAUUCGAUGCAAAGCCUGAGAUCACCAACAUGAGCGUCGCCGUGUACAUGCUCAGUAUGGCCAUCUUCCCUCUAUGGUGGUCCAGCUUCAGUGAACGCCUCGGCCGACGAACAAUCUACAUCGUCAGCUUCACAUUAUUCGUCAUCUUUGGUAUACUGUCCGCUGUGUCUACAAAUAUCGCCAUGCUGAUUAUCAUGCGCGUCUUCUCAGGUGGUGCAGCAGCGUCGGUUCAGGCAGUGGGUGCAGGGACGAUCGCAGAUAUCUGGGAAGUGCGCGAGCGCGGCAGGGCGAUGGGCAUCUUCUAUCUUGGUCCGCUCUGUGGGCCGCUUUUUGCCCCUAUCAUUGGUGGUGCGCUUGGUCAAGGGCUUGGCUGGAGAAGUACCCAGUGGUUUCUGGUCAUCUAUGGUGCUCUGACAGUCGUCGCCAUCAUCUUUGCGCUGCCAGAGACACUCGCAAAGCCGCCGGUGACUAGGCCGGAGGCUAGACCAGAGCUUACCAGGACUUCAACACGCGCAUCAACUGUCGCGAUGACAAAGUCAGUCCUCACUCAUCUGAACCAGACGUUUGUGCAGCCUCUCACAAUCCUCGCAUGGCUGCGAUACCCGCCUGUCUUACUCACGGUGUACUACGCCAGCAUCACAUUCGGAUCCUUGUAUAUCCUCAACAUCUCAGUCCAAGCUACAUUCUCCGCGCAGCCUUACGGCUAUUCCACGCUCAUAGUUGGUCUGCUGUAUAUCCCAAACAGCGCUGGCUACCUCCUGGCUAGUCUCUUCGGUGGUCGUUGGAUUGAUAACAUCAUGCACCGGGAAGCACGAAAGGCAGGCAGGUACGAUGAAAAAGGUAAGCUGGUGCUCAGACCCGAAGAUCGCAUGCAAGAGAAUGCGUGGAUAGCUGCCAUCCUAUGGCCCGGUGCGCUGAUCUGGUACGGCUGGACCGCGGAAAAGGGUGUGGUCUGGAUCGUCCCGAUGAUUGCAAACUUCUUCUUUGGUGUCGGCUCGAUGCUGAUCUUCUCUCUCGUCUCCACGAUGCUCACAGAGUUCAUGCCAAAGCGUGCUGCUUCUGGCAUUGCGCUGAACAACUUCCUGCGCAACAUCUGCUCCUUCACUGGCGCUAUGGUAGCAGAGCCCAUACUGCGCGCUAUUGGCAACGGCUGGCUUAUGACGAUACUUGGGCUGUGGAGUAUUGUCACGGGGUUCAUGGCGCUGGGCGCAAUGAGAAAGUGGGGCGCGCAAUGGCGAGUGAAGAUGGUGGAGGAGCUCGGCUGA